AUGAAUACUUCAAAAUGGCUUCCGAGGCAGCACCACGAAGUGGUCAAACUUUUCGACCAAACGCGAACCGUGGAACGGGAGUUCCGCAUUCUCGGCAAGCGGUUCGCGACGGAUAUUAACCUGGAUCUGCCGGAUUACUACGAAUUCGAACGGUUGCUACAACAAAGUCGGCUGGGUUUCGAACAGUCGGCCCACAUCCAGAUGCGCUUGAUUCGGAUGACGGCCACGUCGGCGGAUAAGAACGUCGAGCGGAGCUUCUUCAAAAUUCUGCUCGACCGCAAGGCGCACCUGAUUCGGCAGAAUCUUCGCAAGCGACACUUUCAGCUGACGUUUAUCAUCAACAAGAUGAUAAAGCUGAUGCUCGGGUUGACGUACAGCUCCGAGAUGGUCAUCGACGGUUCGAUGCUACUGGCGACGUUGCACAACGAGAGCGUGACAUUGGCACUGAAAACGGCCAAAGCACGCACGCAGGACGGAGCGCAAAUUUGCAGCAAUACUUUUCCGGCGGUCAUGAUUGCGCCGAAAAAGAUCGAUAUCGCAACGAUUCUGCAGAUUGUGACGAAGCAACGCUCGGAACAGUGCUGCGCCACGCUCAUUAACUGCCUGUUGGUGUCCUGCAAGGGAGCAACGACGAUCGCCAUCGAAGACGACGAGUCGGAAACCUCCAGCGUGGAAAUACUGCGCACUCUCACUGCGAAUUUUAACGAAGGAACUAUCAAGACGCAGGACGCAGCUCUACAGGAAGAUUUGAAUAACCGCCGGAAAAGUAGCGUAAACUUGAUCGCCAGCGGCGAGAUGCAUCAAACUGCUCCGGCCAAACCGGCUAAAAUAACACCGAUCGUUAAACCGGAGGCCAGAGAACCAGACGAAUCGGAGCACAAUGAUCCUGCCAUCAACUUCUUCGACGAAAUGGCCGCCGAAGCGGUUGCGUACAACACGAUCAACUAUCUGGUCAACGAACCGGAAGGAAUUGACUUGCUGGAGAAUCUGAUAACCGACGAAGAGAUCUUCAUUGCCAACAUCCUGAUGAAGGUGAUCAAGCUCUGCCCGUCGGCGUUCGAGAAGGAGUUGAACAAAACCGAACUGAUCAAGUGGGUUAAUCGUGGAACGCGCGGUCUUUGGACGCAGGUUGGCGGAGCGCUCGAGCACGUGGUGCUCUGGUGGAGCAACUCGCCGCUUGCCUGUAGGCCGCCUGCCUGUGCCAAGUAUCUGCGCGAUUGGCUGCUGCUGAUCAGUCCGGACGAAGCCCCCGAGCCGAUACUGUCCAUGCUGAAGGGAUUGGGCGAAACGUUAACCGUACACGUUUCGAGCACGAUCUGGGAUCGGCAGUUUCGUCUGGCGGUUGUGGCCUCCAGCUUGGCCGUGGACUAUCCCUUCGAGGAGUCCGAGUUCUACAGUGCUGGUAUGACGGUCGAGGGAACCAUUUGCGGAAAGGUUUGGAGUGAAUUGCUGUACCAGCUGGUCGUGCUGUCCAAUUCAUGUGACAUCGGAACCAUACCGAAUGAGCUCCCGUUGGUAGAACAGAUUCCGGUGCUGCAUCGGCUUGAUCACUCAAUCCAUUCGAUGCGCAUCUGGGCAGCGAACAAAGCGCGAUCGCUCUGUACCGACUGGAACAUGAUGAUGUUCUUCAAGGUCGUACACAACGACAUCAAGCUCUGUUUGGAACAAUUGCAGUACCUUCGAGUUCCCGAGUUGGUAACACCGGACGCCCUGGAGGUUCAAGUUCAAGUAUGCGUCGCCUUGCGGGCGAAGCUAGUUUCCGAAAUCAAAGAAAACAUUCGAAAGCUUAAGCUAGCAAGCGCGGAGUGUAUCGACGUGUUGGCGGCAGUUUGCCGGACUACCAGCUUAGCGUCGCUGACGCUGUGCUUUCCGCAUUACCGACACUGGCAAACGGAAGUUCUACAGAAUACUGCCAACGAGUACGUGGCGUACUUUUUUAAUCAAGUGUACUUCCCGGUGAUUGAGGCCACCAAUGAUCUGGAAAUUCUGAAACUAACGCUGAAAAUAAUCUGCGAAGCUUGGUUGGAUCAUAUCUAUAUGAAGAAGACGCGAUUCAGCAGCAAUGGGGCGUUAAAUUUGCUCAAGGACUUUGAUGGCGUUGCCGAAUGGAUCAUGAAAUGCAAAGCCCUAGAGAAGCCACUGAAGGAAGUGCUGUCGAAGCACGAAGUGCUGCGAAUGUGCGAAGGAGUCGGCAAGCUGCUGCUGAGAAAACCGGAUGAAACCAUUUCGAUUCUUCCCAGCGCUGCCGAUGCCCGGAAGGCCGAAGAAGCUGGGGGUGACGAGAAGGCACCACUGCCACCGGAGAUGUUCGUACCGAACCAGAAGCGCUGGCUGGAGCUGCGUGCCAGAGAUCGGAAAACACUGGGCAUGAACUGUGCCUGCCUGUGCGCUGGCACCGAUGUUUAUUAG